UUUAUUGCCGACACCAAAAGAAGAAGUCGUCGCUUGCUAAUGACAUAUUUUCCCCCCUCGACUUUCAACUUUAGCAAGUGAAUUCAUGAGUAAACAGUUUUCUGGAGAAGGACUGGCGUAUUUACCUUGAAAAUGCUGAAAAAGAAAUCAAGUAGUACUGAAAAGAAAAGGAAACAGUCGCAGUCUGAAGAGCGUCAUGACAGCAAUAAACGCAGAAGUACGGUACCCAUCGUGGAGCAGGACUCCAAGGAUGAACUCGCUGACCCAGAGCUGGACAGGAUUGGCAGUGACAUUGAGGACGGGGGACUUGACCUCAGCCUGCCAUUCCAGCCCAUCACUGCUUAUGUCACUGACAAGCGGGAGAUGCUGGAGCAGUGUUUUCAUGUGCUCGGGGACAAGAAACUACGGAAAAUGUUGCCUGAUGAACUGAAGGACUGUAGUUUAGAGGAAAUCAAAAAGUUGUGCUUGGAGCAACUGGAACCGAUCACAGAGAAAAAUCUUAUUCAGAUCUUAACAGGGGAAGAACUGACAUCUGGAAAUGGCGACAAAAACACAGAAGAGACCUUGGAAAGCCAGCAAGACAGUAAUGUGGACUCUACAUCUUGCCUCAAAGAAACUGCAAAAACUGAGGACCCUAAGCAAGAGGGUGGUGGUUCAGGCGAGGAGAGUGACGUCCUAAGCAUAAACGCAGACACUUACGAUAGUGACAUAGAGGGACCCAAAGAGGAGCAGACUGUUAAAGCUGUGGACAGGGCAGUGAAAGUAGCAGACAGCAGCAGGGCAGGCGCUGUCUCAGCUGUAAACCCCCACCCACCAAAUCCUCAACCUCCCACAGGCUCUCAACCAAUGGAAGCAAAGAAAGACAUCCAAAGCGACAUAGACAAAAGCGUUUGUGAGAUUUUAGCGUUUUCAUCCACUUCAAGCAAAGAAGUUAAAGAACAGAGUGUACCUCCGCAGCCUACAGGUGUUUGUUUGCCUGUUGAAGGUGGACCUGUUUCAAGUCGUGCACCUGCAGCAUGUCAGCCGUCAAUUCAGCAACUGGAGCUCCUGGAGUUGGAAAUGAGGGCAAGGGCCAUCAAGGCCCUGAUGAAAGCAAGUGAUGGGAAAAAGCCUUGCGUAACAAAAAAUGUAUAGCUUGUUUUUAUUUAUUAUUUUUUGUUGUAGUUUAAUGUUUUAUAGUCUUUAAAAUAAUUCAAUUUACAGAUGAAGCACUUUUGUUUGUGUUUGAAUGAUAUAAUUCAUAACACCGAUUUUCUCUUUUUAACUCCUGAUUUAUUGUAUUGUGUGUACUGUUCAAGCCAUGUUGUGUUAUUACUUCAUAUUGGAAUGAUGUUACAGGCUGUUUAAUGUGAAAUUAUACAACUAAAGGCCUGUCCUACACCUACUGAA